UGUUUACGUUUCAGACCUAUUGAGGGCGCUCGUUCACGUGACCGGUCCGUGCGAAGCGGCGAUCAGCAUCUUGACACUGACAGUUUACUGCAGUCAGCUUGAACUUUAAAAAUGGGUCCUCGUGUUGUCCUGCUGGCGUUGUCUCUUGCACUCUCUGUCCAAUGGACUGAUGCAGAAACCAGGAUUGACCUGGGAGGGAAAUGGUCACUCACAAAUGGAAAUAAAAGUAUCACAGUGCCAGCCACAGUACCCGGUGGUGUGUACACUGCACUGAUGGCAGCUGACGAGAUUGGCAAUCCGUACAUGGAGAGCAAUGACGUCAAUUACCGCUGGGUGGCCAACGACAGCUGGACAUACUCACGAGACUUCAGCAUGACAAAGGAGCAACUGGCUUCCAAGAACAUUCUGUUAAUCUGCGAGGGCCUGGACACCAUAUCAACUGUCACAGUCAACGGCAAGACGAUUGGAAAAUCUGAAAAUAUGUUUGUUCGCUACGAGUUUGACGUUAAGAACGUCCUUAUAGAAGGGACAAACUCGAUCUCUGUAGCCUUUAGUUCAGCCAUGAAGUACGCACUGAGCAAAUGGAAGGCCCACACGGCCUACGACGUUCCCCCGGACUGCCCCCCAGAUGUCCAGCAUGGCAUAUGCCAUCCCAACUUCAUCCGCAAGGAGCAGUCUUCCUUUGGGUGGGACUGGGGGCCGGCGUUCGCCCCUCAAGCUAUCUGGAAGGAUAUUCGAAUUGAAACAUUUGACUGUGCUGUCAUACGAGAUGUAGUUGCAACUGCUGUUCCAUGGAAUAAGAAAUUUCAAGUUCAACCGUGGGCCAUCAACAUCACCACUUAUUUUGAGCUCGGCUCGAACACCGGCUGCAAAGGUACAGUUACGGCUGAAUUCCCAGAGUUGCACGUAUCCCACAACGCAACGGUGGUGCUGACAAAACGACAGACCAGCUUCUCCAUGACGUUUCAAGUUCAGAACGCAGAUACGUGGUGGCCAGCAGGUUUCGGAGCACAGCCUCUGUACGAUCUCUACGUCCACUUUCAGAGCAGCGACAGGCCUGCAGAAAACUCCACCAAGUCCCUCAAGUUUGGCUUCCGUAACGUUGAGUUGGUGCAGGAAGAGGUUCCCAAUUCAAAAGGCCUAUCCUUCUACUUCAAGAUCAACACCCGGCCCAUCUUCAUCAAAGGUGCCAACUGGAUCCCGGCCGACGCAUUCCAGGAACGCAUCGACCGGGACCGUCUGACCAACCUGCUGCAGUCGCUGGUGGACGCCAACAUGCACGCCACGCGGGUCUGGGGCGGGGGCGUGUAUGAGCAGGACGCUUUCUACGAGAUCUGCGACCGGCUGGGGAUCAUGGUUUGGCAGGACUUCCAGUUUGCCUGCGCCAUGUAUCCCGUGGGCGAGGCGUUUCUGAGCAGUGUGACUGAGGAGGUUGUACAACAGGUGAGGCGUCUGUCCAGCCAUCCCUCUGUCAUUGCCUGGAGUGCAAACAACGAGAAUGAAGUCGCCCUCAGACAGAAUUGGUAUGGAACAGCGAAGAAUUUCAGUCUAUACCAGAAGGACUACGUCACCUUGUACAUUGACACUGUCCUGAAGGCACUGAAUAAGGAGAACUCCAACCUACCAUCUGUCAGCUCUAGCCCUUCCAACGGCCCCGAGUCACAGAAGGAGGGAUGGGUAGCGAAGGAUCCAGGAGAUCCUCACUAUGGUGAUGUUCACUACUACAAUUACCCUGCCGACUGCUGGGAUGUCUCCGUGUUCCCCAAGCCGCGGUUUGCCUCGGAGUACGGCUACCAGUCCUGGCCCUCGUUUGACACGCUGGAGACAGUCUCCCAAAUGGGGGACUGGUCGCUGAACAGCAGUUUCAGCCAGCAUCGGCAACACCAUGCAGACGGAAAUGAGCAAAUGAUGACACAGAUCAAGCGGCAUUUUAAAGACAGCACCUCCACAAACACGACACAGAAAUUCAUAAACAGGAUCUAUUUGACGCAGAUAUCCCAAGCCUUGUGCUACAAGUUUGAGACUGAGCACUACCGAAGACUGCAGUCGUCCAUCGUCAACGGUGAAGGAAUGACAAUGGGCGCUGUGUACUGGCAGCUCAACGACAUCUGGCAGGCUCCGUCGUGGGCUUCUAUCGAGUACGGAGGCAAGUGGAAGAUGCUCCAUUACUUCGCCAAGGAUUUCUUCGCGCCUCUCCUCGCCUCCGGUGUGGAAGACGAUAAAGGAACGCUGUCGGUUUACGUCAUCAGCGAUGUUGACAGGAUCUUUGAUGGCAUGUUGAACGUGACCGUCUGGUCGUGGGACAGUCAGACACCUUUACAGUCAGUCAUCAAAAUGUUCAAACAGUUUAACAAGAGUGCGGAGCCGGUCCUAGUGCGGAAAACGUCAGAGAUACUGUCAACGCACUGUGCCAAGCGACAGUCCUGUUACCUGACCUUUCAAGUCACCGGUAUCCAGCCUCAGCUGGCGUCCCCUAUCAACCCUUUCUUCUUGUCGUCAUUCUCUGAUGCCGAGGGGAUCAAAAAACCUAACAUUGAGUUUGACGUCUCAAAGAACGUGAACAACACGUUCAGCAUCCAGCUCACGAGUGACGCCACCGCACCCUUUGUCUGGCUGGAGGCCCACGGCAUCCGAGGGCGCUUCUCCAACAAUGGUUUCCUCAUGAACCAGAGGAAGCGCGUCGAGCUGUUCCACGCUUGGGAGAAUACGACAGUCGAUGCGUUGACUGAGGCUCUGACCGUGUCUUCCCUAAUGGACAUUUACCAAGACUAGACGACUUGGUACCAGACUUGGUCAGUGGCGACCCAACUUUAAAGGACUAAAGACAUUAAUUUUACACUGAAGCAUAUUUUAAGCAAAUACCCAUCCUCUGAAAUGUUAGAAAACCAUAAGAUAUCCCUCUAUGGUUAAUUUUGUUUUUUUAAAUGCCCAUGAUUUACAUGACAACUGAAGUUUCUGCCAUGAAUGACAUCACACUUGGCCUCAUGAAUGUGGAAAUUUGCCAUAACAUAGAAAUAAUUUUUAAAAACGGAUGUAAAGUACCUUUUAAAGGGAAUGUACAUCAUUGGCUUUUGUUGUAAUUUUCAGAAACGAACUAUUUUGGGGUUAGUAUAAUAGAUCAAAUAUUGUUACACUGACAUGUUUCAAGUUUUGCAUUCAAAAAUGCUGGAAAAACCAAGAAAAAACAAUGACAAUAUAAAGCGUAAAAGUAAAGUUAAUUGAAAAAAAAAUUGUGGAUCUUCAAGGACUGCAUUAAAAACAAGGCAAUUCUCAAACC